CUCUGCAAACUGGUUGUUGUCUAUUUUCUCUCUAUAUAUACGGCGAGCAAGCUUUUUCCAAACAUUGUCAUUCGAUAGCUACCGGGGCUUACAUUGUAUUAAAAAUGAAGUGUUUUAUCUGUUUACUUGCUGUGGUGUCGUGCGCGCUAGCCGUACCAGUUGAUCAACAGACAUCUACGUUGACUAGUACGCCGACGAUCAGCAACUUUGGAGCUAAACUUCAACCAACAGCCAGCGAUAAUAAUAGACCAUCGAUUACUCCACAACAUCCAGCACAGUGGACAUCUGCGUCAAGUAACAAUGGCCAACAGACCAAUACCCGUACCACUGAUAUCAAAACCAACAGUCAAACUGCCAGUAAAAUCGCUCAAAAACGAGAUACCCAGAGUGUCCCUGUUCAGCCAGCAUCCGCAAUAAACCCUGCAUCUGUUACAGCUGUAAAGAGCAACACCCCCACCAGUGCGCCUGUCCCAGCUAAGCAGAUAACCAAAGUACGGCGAACUGCCCAAAAACCAGCAACAACCUCAACUGUUCUACAAAACAAUAGUGAUAAUAAAAAUCAAGCCAUCCCAAUUUCCAGCAAUCAACCCGCUAAGGUUGUACCAGCCGUCCAGCCAGUUAAAAACAACUAAACAAAUAUUCGAAAUAAUCAAUCAAUCGAAAUUUGAAGUAGAAAAAGAGUUCUUGCUGCAUCCUUAAUAAAGUAAAAAGAAUUCGCCAACUA